AUGGAGCAGUUUGUGCCUGCGGGUCGGUCUUUACCGGUCUACAGGCGGAUAUGUUACGCUGCGGGACACUUUCUGAACGACCUGUGCGCCUCUAUGUGGUUCACCUAUCUGCUGGUCUACCUGCACUCAGUGCUCGGCUUCCAGAGCACCUAUGCAGGUGCGCUGCUGCUGAUUGGACAGAUAGCGGACGGAGUCUGUACGCCUCUGAUUGGGUAUGAAUCCGACAGGUUGCCGGGCAAGAGGAAAAACUGGCAUCUACUGGGGACUGUGUGUGUUCUUGUGUCCUUCCCCUUCAUUUUCAACCCCUGCCUGGCCUGUAAAGACACCACUCCUCCGUGGGCUCAGCUCUUUUACUUCUCCCCCUUCAUCAUCAUCUUCCAGUUCGGCUGGGCGGCCACUCAGAUCUCACACCUGUCCCUCAUCCCGGAGCUCGCGUCCAGCGACAGCGACAAGGUGGAGCUCACUGCGUACAGGUAUGCCUUCACUGUGGUGGCCAAUAUCACCGUGUACACCGUGGCCUGGCUGCUCUUCCACUUCCAGGCUCAGCACAAUGUGGACCCCUCCAUCACAGACAACCUGGGCCUGGUGGACGUCCCUCUGUUCAGGACGCUGGCCCUCAUUAUGCUGGGCACCGGAGCCGUAUUCUCCCUGUUAUUCCAUGUGGGCACAAAAGAGGGCGCGUCGGCCUCUGGGAGAGACGAUCAGCUGAUCACACCUUCCUCCUCACAGGAAACUUUGUCUCAUACUGUGUUUCAGUGGAAGCAUUGGCUGAAGGAGCCCUCCUUCUACCAGAUGGCUUUCCUGUACAUGUGCACCAGACUAAUAGUCAACUUAUCUCAGACCUACAUCUCCGUUUACCUCACCGACUCACUGAUGUUACCAAAGAACUUCAUUGCCAUCAUACCUCUGGUGAUGUAUGUCAGCGGCUUCGUUUGCUCUCUGGCCAUGAAACCAAUCAGCAAGUUCAUAGGAAUCAGUAUUACCUAUUUGAUCGGCCUGUUGUUGGUGUUUGGCUUCGCUGUCUGGGUGUUUAUGGACGAGAACAUGGGAGCUGAGGUUAUCUAUGGAGCCGCUGUGCUGCUGGGAGCUGGUUCAGCUACAAUCCUGGUCAUGUCUCUGUCUAUGACAGCCACACUCAUCGGGGAGCAGACGCAAAGUGGAGCCUUUGUUUAUGGAUCAAUGAGCUUCACAGACAAGGUGGCUAAUGGCGUCGGGGUCAUCCUCAUCCAGAGCAUCCGACCAUGCAGCACCGAGGCCUGCUGCCCAGACUGCAUUUGGUUUUAUCGUGACGUCAUGGUGACAGUAACCGGGGGCAUCGCCGUGGCUGCAGCACUUGGCCUGGUCACAAUUCUAAUCUGGCCAAUCAGGAUACAGAGAAAUUAGGGUUCAAAACCUCCACAAUCCGCUCUACACUGCAAACACACACAUUAAACAACAACAACAACAACAACAACAACAGAGAUUUAAUGACCUACAGUUUUAUGUUUGUUAUGUUUAAAUCCACUGUUACUACUUCAGCUGGAUACAGAGCACAAUCGUAUUCAAGCUCCUCGAGUAUCACUUUCUAAAUAUUUUGUCAUUUUGGACUUUAGGAAAGUAAAACCUUUGUUGCUGGACAAGGGAAAUGGUGCAGAGGAUGAAGCCAUGCUGCCACCUAGUGUGUGAAUCUGUAACUGCACUGCUUUCCUGGAGGGGCUUUUAAACCUGAUAAUUAUAUUAAACACUCUACAUAACCAGAAAAAGAUCUUUAAAUUGAUUUAAUGUCUAGAAGUAAUGUAGGAAUCGAAAUAACAACUUACACAACUCAUAAAUACACAAUAUAAUGUUUCAUAUAGAUGUCUAGAAGAGCAACUAGCUUUAGAUGUUGGCCUUAACUCAGCACUUCUAGAUUUACAUUUGAUAAUGAAAAUAUACACAAACUGUAUCGAUUUUACACAGGAACAAACAGAAUUUUGUUUGGUGAUUGUAUUAAUUUCUUUAUGUUGCGUUUUUGUUAGUAACUUUCAAAGACUUAAAAACCCAUAAAUCAGUAAACUACACAUACUGUGAUUUAAAUUCAUCUUGUAAUGGAAAUACUUUCAAAAUAAAUUCCAGCAUG